AUGAAGCUUCAUCUUCAAUACAUGGGAGCUGAUAAGUCCCCCGCGGUCCCACAGAGUCCGGCUGAGCUCGCAGCUUUCAGGCUGGAGACGACAAGUAUCAAGACAAGGAAGCUAACCAAAGAUAUCAUCAAACGCCAAGAGCUGAGCCAGCGGAAGACAGAGACACAGGGAGACGACGCUACCAAGCUUCGACCCAAACCGGUGCUAUUCAACGAUAAGACAUUUGGCGAUGCCCUCUCACCCUUCUUUGCUACGGACAGUUGGUUCAACAAAUCACAGCCUGGCGGCCAUGAAGCACAGGCGAGGUGGCCGACAAUGGCAGAUUUCAAAGAGGAUGGCGACCACAGAGCGCCUCGACACAGUCGAUAUUUCCCCCUUCCUCGGGUUGAUGGUGUUGCCAUCCUGGCCCAGGAUCAUUCUAAUGGCCAGAUGUCCAGUCUUGAGACAGGCAUCAAACAGGAGAAGGGGGCGGUCAAGUGCGGUCCUCGGUUCAUUCUACCGGUAUCGUCGAACUUCCAUCCCCCACUAGAUGGGCCAGAGGACGUGCUAGAGGAUUUACCAGACGACUGUGAGGAGGCCAGGGUGCCCCCCUGCUUUUAUCGUUUUGUAGAAAGCAUUUAUAACGAAGACAAGGACGAAGAGGAAACAGAAGACUUCAAGUAA